GAUUUGAUUUCCUAAUUCCCAGAAUGAUGGCAGAGGUCGUUCCUGGCUGUAAAACAGAAUCAUCGAAAGAAAUAACGUGUUUCUUGAUGGACGAGAAAGGAUACGUUGUGUCUCACCCGAGUCUCUUCUUGCCCAAGUCUCCGCUCGCAACUGCGGCCAGAGGCGGAAGAUUACCCGGAGACUUCUUCUUCCCUGGGAUGCACAAGAAGUUGGCAUCUUCAUCGAGUUUUCGAUUGAAGAGGAAACGGGAUACGGAACGACUUCACGUGGCGGAUGUGGAGCCAGUUUUGGCCAAUGACUUAUUGCAUCAGGAUGGGAUUGUGGAGAAGCUGUUGUGUGAUCAACCGGCUGACGGAACUUCUCAGCGGUUCUGGAAAUUCCGAAGAAGCGUGAGCUCAGUUCUGAAAAGCAGGAUCCACGGCGAAAUGUGCGGGGCUUAUUCUCUUGUUUCUGUUCCGGAAACAAACUUGUUUCUCACGGUCAUCAACGUCACAGCAUGUGUGAAGAAUUCUGGUUUUGCCACAGUUUUUUGUCCCUGCAGCACGGUAAGCACUUUCGUAGGCGAU